UCGUCAUUGACACUUUAUGGGUUGAGGAGCGUCUGGACUUAAACGGUACACUGAAAGGCUUGAAAAAACGCCAGAGCAGCAGUAGUUAAGAAGAGCAAAGCAAAACAGUCGGGUUGGCAAGUAGUUUUUAAACAAGAUACACAUUCCGCUCGAUGCAUAACAAAGUGGCAAAUGAUCUCGACUUGAGUGGAAGAAUGGCAUUUAUGGCCUGAAAAUAAUUCUCGCAAGCAGGAAUUCGAGAAUAAAAAUGGUUAAACCUACGCCGAUGGAAGAGAAGUUAAAGUACUCGCUACUACGCGAUUUAAACGAUAGCCAAAGUAUAUGGACCAGAGGUGAGAAAAGGACUUGGUUCCUAACGUUGUUGGCUGGAACAUGCAUGCUGUACUCGACACGAACAACAAUGCCUCUCUUGGUUCCUGCGGUCGCCUCCGAGCGAAAAUGGAGUAAAACUGACUCAGGAACUGUGUUAAGUUCCUUUUUCUGGGGAUACACCUUGACGCAAGUGCUUGGUGGCUACCUCAGCGAUAAAUUCGGUGGACAGAGAGUGAUUCUGUUGGCUGCUAUUGGCUGGUCACUAAUCACCUUCUGGAUGCCAAACAUCAUCACAUCGGCGUCAUACCUGUCAAGUUAUUCUAUUCCGUUUAUUGUGGCGGUCAGGAUAGUCAAUGGGGCCUGCCAGGGAGUUCAUUUUCCCAGCAUGAUCAGCAUCACUAGUCAGAACCUAUGUGCGAACGAACGGACCAGUUUCUUCAGUAUUCUUACGUCCGGAUCAGCACUGGGUACAUUGCUGACAGGUAUCCUAGGAUCGUUUAUAUUGGAUUACUUCGGGUGGCCGACGGUAUUCCGGGUUAUAGGCUUUCUGGGGUUGUCGUGGACGCUGCUGUUGCGUUACUACACGAUGUCUACUGAUCGCAAUAGGAUCAUUAACAUCUCGCAACCUAGCAGGAUAUGCUCGAAGCUGGGUUCAACGGAAGCCGUUCCCUGGUUGCGGUUGUUCGGAAGAAUUUCUUUCUGGGCUUGUGUACUGGCACAUGCCUGUGAAAUGAAUUGCUUUUUCGUGCUACUGUCCUGGCUGCCAACGUAUUUCCACGAAAACUUUCCACAAGCUAAGGGUUGGGUAGUAAAUAUGAUUCCAUGGCUGGCACUGCCACCGGUAACUUUCUUUGGAAAGAUUUUAACCGAGAAACUGACAGUGAGACAAUGGCCUUUGACACGAACCAGAAAGCUGGUGCAAAGCGUCUGCUUCAUCGGUCAAAACAUUGCGCUGUUCAUAAUGUGCCACACGCAGGAGUUCAAUACGGCACUGACUUGUAUGUCAAUUAUUAUUGGUCUAUCGGGGUUACACAACAAUGCAGUAACCGUGAAUCCUCAGGAUUUAGCUCCUAGCCACUCGGGCAGUGUGUUUGGCCUGAUGAACACCGUAGGAGCAAUACCGGGGUUUUUAGGCGUGUAUCUGGCCGGGCAUAUUUUAGAACUUACGCAAAGCUGGUCUGCGGUAUUUAGCACUGCCGCAGCAAUCAACACUGUGGGUUGGUUUGUCUUCACGGUCUUCGGCUCGACAGAAGCAAUUAUUUAAGACACAAUCACGUAGGGCUCGCUCGUAUCAUCAAACUAUUGAAACAAUACGACAGACAUAGGUUUUUUUUUUAAAUAUUGUACAAGUCAGUUGAAAAACACGAAGAACCAAAAACCUGCUGAUAUUUUGCUGCAUAAAAACUUCGGUAGUUGACCUUUUUUUGAACUAUUCUAGAUCGAGGAAAAAACAAAACUGCUGUUCCGGGAAAAUAAAUUUCAUCACAUACCUAUAACAGGCAAAAUAUUUUUAUUUACAAAACAAUUUGUAGAAAACGUGUUUUUCAUAAUCGAAAAACCUAUACUACAAUUACAAUAGUAUUUUUUUUCUUGAUUUAUGAUCUAUCAAUUUAGCAUGGCCCUGGGAACAAUUAAAUUUUCGACAAAAUUAUCGCGCUUCAGAUACUUCUGCAUAUCCGUCUCAUUCGCUGUUCCGAAGAGAUUGCCGUAAAACCACAAAAGCUCCCGACAGAUUGCAAUCUCGCCAGCUUCCGAAUGAGAAUUGAACAAGGAGCUCAGCAAAAUGUCAUUCUUCUGACACCCAGCUAGAAAAGCUUCGCAGAGACUUCUAUCGUUUUUCGCAAUUAAAUUACCCAGUAUUCUAAUCGCCAAUAUUCUUUCUGCAUAGUAGCCGCUUCCGAGUUCCGUCUUCAAGUAGCCAAUACAGUUAUUUAAUAUAUCAUGUAACGUGUUGCGAUCUAACGUUUCAAAAUUAGUUAAAAAGAGCGAUUUGUAAAUAAUUCUAAUGCCGCUCAGCGAGGGUGUACUGGAAGAAGCGGUGGGUAUGAUGUCGACAACGAUGGUUUCUUGACUGUGAAACAUCAAAAAGAUUGGUUAAAGAAAUUUUGAUGACAUGACUAUAACUACCUUAUAAACAAUAGACCAUAGUCUAAAAUCAGAUCUAUGGUCGUAAAAAUUUCCGCCAAUAACUGAUCAUUAUUUCUAGUUGUUUUGAGUAGAUGGCAAAAUCUGGCAA